AAACCUUUCUAGGUAAACAUGUAAUAAUCGAUAGCUAUGCUAUAAAAUGUCGAUAGCGUCUACUUUGAAGCCGGAACUAGCGGAGGCUCUUCAGGCGCUGUUCAAGAAGCUCGACCCCAAAGAAAGUGGAUCGAUCCGACUAUCGAAGUUGAAAGAGAACUGGAACGGAAGCAAUGACUCACAAACAGCCAAUCAUUUAGACACCAGUCGAGUUAUAGAAUCGGUUGAAAAGUUCGCAGUUAAUGGAAGUCUUAGUUAUGAAAGGCUUUGUUGUGGCAUUAAACUGUCGCUCAUUGAUGACUAUAGCUCAGCGCGAGACUCCGAUGACGAUACUAGCUCAAAGGUCUUUGAAAACACAAGAACGACAAAUGGGAGCAAUCGAGAAGUUAUCAGUAAACGUGACAAUAAAUCGAAUCACAAAGUGGAAUGUGAAAAGAGUUUUAAGUCAUCAGAUCGAAGUCAUCGAGAGGAUGAAGGUAAAACAAAUGAUCUCAAACUUCCGAAUGAGCGAAAGGUAGAGACUCCGAAAGGUGAAAAUGGAUCCGCCGGCGAAGGAAGUCGUGACCUGUUCUCAGUGGCUUCGAAGUACAAUAUCAAUUUCACACCAAGGUGCAAUUCCAUGCAAUAUGAAUCGGGAUAUUCGACUGUGGUAACCACAACACCUUCCGACUUAACAAGCACACCCUUGAACAAGCCGAAAACUUCAACUAGCGAAGCGAACACACAAGUCAGUCACAAUUCUGAGAAGCUGGACGAUACCUCAGAAAACUUAAAAUUAGACCUGGCUAGCUUAAACUUAAAUGACUCGAAAUUAUCGACCAAAACUGAGCAGAAGUCAAAAGCAAGUUUUGUGUACGAGGAUUUGAAGUUUUCAUCGAGACAAAAUGGAAAGAAGGAAACGGAGGUUAGUCUCUAUUCUGUAAGUGACAAGAGUCUUCUGUCACAGAGUAUGUUGGAUACCUUUGGAUACCAUCCUCCGCCUGAAAUUUCUCCUGUCGAGAUCAGACUGCCUUCGUAUGCUUUGCCGAGUACGUUGUCUACUGCUAUUAGUGGCUUCGAUAGUGAACACCAAAAUGUGAAAAAAAGAAAACCAUUUUCUGGGUCUAAUUCAGAAGCCCUUAAUGGCAGUACAAAUGGAUCUAAAUCUCGAAGUGAACUCAACUUCUCAAAGACGGAAGAAAGUUCGCUGUUGAGAGUUUAUGAAACUGAAAGCAUAGAAAAAUCUAAAAGUUAUUCAGAUAAUCGUUCAGAGAACAGAAGUUACCGCGACAAUGGAAAUGGCGAUAGCUCCAUGACUCAGUUCAGGCAAAACAAGUCUUCUAAAGAAAUGGACAGCGGAAAUUUACAUUCAGAUAAGUCGUAUUUCGACCGACCAAAGUCAGCUUUAUCGCAAGCAUCUACGUACAGCGUUUUUUCUGUUUCAAAAUCUCCGAUUCCGCCCUUAACUAGAGGAGCCUACUAUGAAAUUGACGACAAUUACGAGGAAGAAAACUUUUCAGCUCACGCUGAAAAAGACAAAGUUGAGUCUGUUGAAAACGGGGUACGAAAUGAUUAUAAUUCUGAGUAUACUUCGAAAAAUUAUGGUUUCAACUGCGAAACUAGUAAUGUGUAUGAGUCGCCUUCGAAGUCAAUGGGAGAUUCUCUGUACAGGACAGUUCCGGUUUUUGAGUCUACGGGAUUGAGUUGGUCUCCGAAACCAAGUAGUGUUGAUGUGAGUAGGAGUUCGGGGAAAGUGAGAAAUGGAAAACAUGAAGUGUCUUUCUGUGAUGAGAAAUCGAGUUCGACAGCAAAAGCGCAAAUUAAUGGGUGCAGUUUUAGCCAAUCGUCGAAAGGUCAUGAUCAAACUGAAUUCUCUACAUCUUCAAGUGGAUAUGGUAUGAGUGAGGCCGCCAGAAUGAAGACAAACCAAUCCACGAGUCCGCUACCCAGAUCUGGAGUGCUCGCUUCAUCCAGCAGUGUUGCAGAUAAUGCAGAGAAGAUGGACAAAAUGUUGGACCAGGCACUGCGUGCAGUGAACGAGAGCUACAGACUCAUUCGCAUUGGGAAGAAACAAUUGAGGAACAACUCGAACUCUUCCUCAGAAGGGGGAGGGGGAGGGGGAGGUAUGGAAAGUGGGUCCCAUUCGCCGCUCCCGGGGGGAAGUGAGAAGUAUCUGAGGUUGAUGAACUGUGUGUUGGAUCUGCAUAAGUCUCUGUUGGAUCUGAUCGACACACAUGAUGACUCAACGCCUGCGGAUUUGGCCGAUGGAGAAGACUCCUGCAGUCAAUGUGGAGUAUGUGCUACGUGUCAACACAACCUACAGACGUUCCAUCUGGCUGCAGAUCAGCUUAGCCGAAGUCAAUCUCUCCAGCAGAGAAAUGGCUCAAGUUAUUCGGAGUCAAGAGGCCGCCAGACAGAUUCGAAUGUAGACUACUGCGAAGUUUCUGAAAGGAGUUUCUACCAAAAAAAUGAAAAUAGUCACAGUAAAAAGACAUCAACGGAUCUCAACAUGAGCAAAGCCACAAGUCGGUCAUCACUCAGAGCAAAUGACGUCACUCAAUGAGUCAUCCUUUUUCUCGUCAGAGCAGAACGGAAACUUUGGAUUAUUCCGAAAAAUACCAAAUUUAUCAAAAAUGACUAAAUUGAUUCUAUUCUUGCCUUAAGAUUGUCUGCAUUUGUUGAUAAUGUUGUUUUGUGUUCAGUAGUUUAACUAACAAAUCAAGUAGUUCAAAUUUUCUUUGUACUAACUAACUAUUAUAUUUCCAAGACUUGUGAAUAAGUUUGUAAAAUUGUAAAUAGUUGUCUUUGAGCAAUUGAAUU